AUGGAGAAGAAAAUUAGAUUUCGCUGGGGCUUCCCGUUCGCAUUGAUUGUGAAUCUUCCGGAGGGGUCUCAUGUAAUCACCACACCAGCGGAGGUCCCAGGAUUCCAGAAAGCACUGAACCUGCCGACAUCUGCCGUAGAGGACUGGACAGGACUUAACGGGAUCACGACCAAGCAAAUCCCACAAAAAUCUAAAUGGCAAAAGACGCCACGGAAGAGACGAAAUCAAACCCAGCCUCACGCGGACAACACUGCACCAUCCAGGGAAGAGCCUGACUGA